AGGUUUUUGGUUAGGGCAUUUACAGUUUUCUGCGAACUUCGACUGCGAAGAAAAUUGUAGAAAAAGCAUCAUGAACUUGUUUGUUGUUAUUGCUUGUCUAAUUGCGGCAGUAUUGGCUGAACUGGAUGAUGAUUACGAGGAAUGGAUUUCUUUCAAGGAUAAAUUUGGAAAGCACUAUGGAACUGAAGAAGACAAAUUCAGAUUCCAAAUUUUCCAAAAGAAACUUCGGGGCAUCGAAGAGCACAACGCCAAAUACGAAAGGGGAGAAGUAGAAUGGUUCAAGGGUGUUAAUCAAUUUUCUGAUUGGACCAACCAACAGCUGCGGUCUUUAGAAUCUUUACGGUUAAUUAAUACAAGAGAGCUAAGUAAUAACAGUUUGGGCGUUUACAAAGCUGAUCCAAAGGAACGAUUAGCAGCGUCUGUUGAUUGGAGACAAAGAGGCGCAGUUUUAGCUGUCAGGAAUCAGGGUAACUGUGGAGGAUGUUGGGCAUUUAGUGCUGCUGCAGCUCUGGAGGGUCAACUAGCAAUUCACAAAAAACAAAAAAUUCCUUUAAGCCCACAACACCUUAUAGAUUGCUCCACAAAAAAUCACGGGUGUAACGGUGGGUAUAUGACACUGGCUUUCGAUCAUGUUAAAUCACAAGGUCUAAGCUCUGAAAGGGAUUACCCAUACGUUGCAAGGGUUACCCAGUGUCAGCGAAAUGCACCAAAAGUAAUUACUUCUAUCUCAGGAUACAGGCGAAUACGUGCAAGCGAACAAGAUUUAAUUUCAGCCAUUGAUAAAGUUGGACCAGUUUCUGUUGCAGUUGCUAUAGGUCAAUGGGAUGAAUAUAAAGGAGGUAUUUUUAAUAAAGCAAAUUGUGGAACUCGACAAACACAUGCAGUUACUGCUGUAGGAUAUACUGAUAAGUACAUUCUCCUUAAAAAUUCGUGGGGAGCCAGGUGGGGAGAAAACGGAUAUAUCAAGUUAGCUAGAGGACGUAAUAUGUGUGGUAUUAACAACGAAAAUAAUGUUUAUCCCAUAUUAUAAAUAGUAAAUACUAAUAUUGAAAUAUUUUGGAACAUAGUAAAUUUUAACAAUUGUGCAAAAACAACAUAUUAGUGAUGUCAGUAAAUAAAGAGCAUAUCAUAAAAAGUA